AUGCGGAGAGGUCUGGAGAGGUCGGAUCAUCGGCGGGCGCGUCCAGUCGGGCAUGCGGCUAAAAGCGGGACCUCCACACGGAAAGCAGGGGUCCAGUUCUCCACGCACCAGCCCCUGUCGUCUCCCGCACAGCGCGCCGCUGUGUCGCAACUCCUCGACGCGCCGAGCCUAGCAUUCGAGGUACGCGGGGGAAGAUGGUGCUCUCUUUCAUACUCAUUCAGAACCGGCAGUAAGUAUAUUUGGAGAAGGGGAAUGUUGUGGAAACCGGUGAUUGAUCAACCGAACAGAGGCAAGACACGGCUGGCGAAGUGGUAUGCGCCGUACAGUGAUGAAGAGAAAGUCAAGCUAAAGGGCGAGGUCCACCGCCUCAUUGCCCCGCGCGAUCAAAAACAUCAGUCCAACUUUGUCGAGUUCCGCAACAUGUCCAAGAUUGUAUAUCGUCGAUAUGCAGGUCUGUUCUUCUGUGCCUGCGUGGAUACAAAUGACAAUGAGCUGGCGUAUCUAGAGGCGAUUCACUUCUUUGUCGAGGUGUUGGAUGCCUUUUUUGGGAAUGUGUGUGAGCUGGAUUUGGUGUUCAAUUUCUACAAGGUUUAUGCUAUACUGGACGAAGUGUUUCUCGCGGGAGAGAUUGAGGAGACGAGUAAACAGGUGGUUUUGACAAGACUGCAGCUACAAGGUAUCCUCCAGCUUCAAGGGCUACCUAGAGUUGCAGGCGACGUGAAAGUCGAGCAGAUGCAAGCUGCCUUGUGCAAUGCGCCGCAGAAGUAUCCAAAGACGAAAUACCCAAACUAA